GGAAGCGCUUCCUAGGAACAAGUGACUUAAGCUGGUGACUACAUGUCCGUAUACUCCCCUCCAACUGUGUUGUGUCAAGUUUGUGCCGUGCUGUGAAAUGACGGACGUGAUGAUCAGCGGCAGCCCAAUGGAGGACAGGAGGCUCAGUCCCAGCAAAGACCGACUCACCUUUCAGAUCUUUCCAGAUCCAUCGGACUUUGAGCGGUGCUGUAAGCUGAAAGACCGGCUGCCGUCCAUUGUGGUGGAGCCUACAGAUGGAGAGGUGGAGAGCGGAGAGCUCCGCUGGCCCCCUGAAGAGUUCCUCGUCAGUGAGGAAGAUGAGGAUGAUGAUGAAGAGGAAGACGAAGUUGAAGAGAAUGAUGGAAAUAUUCAAAAUGGACAACUGGUGCAAAGCUCCCAGCACUAGAGACGUUUAAUCCCUUACACACACACGCGCGCGCCCGCGCACACACACACAGACACUUACCCACAUUUCUGAUAUACUGACAGUUCCUCUUCUACAAAAGCAAUAAACCCCAGCAUGAGCCCAACUGACUGGUAAUAUGUAAACCCCAAUACGAGUCCAACUGAC